AUGUUAAUCAUUGAAAUGGAAAGCCACUGUAAACACGCUAAAGGAUACGAGAAAGAUAUUUUGCAACAAUACGUCGAUAGAUACGCAAUUUUGUAUGCUGCGAUAAUUAUAUGGUUCUUUUUAUCGGCGUUUGUUACUAUCUGCAAUCCAUUAUUUUCAGCAGAUACAUUCCCAACACAUGCUAAAUAUCCAUUUAAUAUACAGCAUCAACCUUUAAAAACCAUCAUUUUUGUACAACAAAGUUACACCGGAAUACAGAUUGCAUCACAAUUAUGUAACAAUGUUUUUACUGCACUAUUGCUUUGGUAUGCGACGGCUAAGUUCGAUAUAUUGUCUAACAAAUUACGAGCGAUUUCUAAUAUUUACGAACUGAUACUGUGCAUUCAUAGACACCAGCAAACAUUACGAUACGCAAGUGAUGUAACGUAUGCCGUUCGUUUUUUAGUGCUAACAACAGUAGGAUGUAGUGCAAUGGGGCUACUAUUUUCUGGUAUUAUUUUUAUUAGUCGUCAACCAGUACUCAUUAAAAUGCAAUUCUUGCUGCUGAGUUUUAUCUGUCUGUUUGAAGUAUUUAUAUGUUGCUGGCCCGCUAAUAAUCUGCUACUUAUGGUACGUAUAUUAAUGACUGAAGAAACGUAA